AUGGGCGCAUUGUCCUGGGAUGACUACUUCAUGAGCCUUGCUUUCUUGACCUCGAUGCGGUCCAAGGAUCCCUCAACUCAGGUGGGUGCCUGCAUAGUGAACGAUCGGAACCGCAUCAUUGGCGUGGGCUACAAUGGCAUGCCCAGCAAUUGCCCCAAUGACCAGCUGCCGUGGAGCAAGAGAUCUGUGGAAGGGGAGCUGGCGACCAAGUACCCUUACGUGGUCCACGCUGAGCUGAAUGCGGUGCUCAACAAGAAUGCGGAGAGCUGUUCCGGAUGCAGGAUCUACAGCACCCUCUUCCCUUGCAACGAGUGCGCCAAGGUGAUCAUCCAGGCCGGGAUCAAGCAGGUGAUCUUUGCUUCAGACAAGCACAGCGACCGGGCCAGCGCCAAGGCUUCGCGGCGGCUCUUUGAGCUGGCCAACGUCGAGCUGAGGCAGCAUGUGCCAGAGGCCAGGAGGGGGGGACGGGACGGGACCCAGUGGGAAAAGGCGGAGAAGCAGUAA